AUGUCUUCCACCCGCCAGUUUGAUCCCAACUUCACUCCCUAUGUCAUUAACGGCAUGGGCCCCAAGACUCCCGAGCGUGCCCGCGUUGUCUUGGGUUCUUUGAUCAAGCACAUUCACGACUUUGCUCGUGAGGUUGAAUUGACCUCCGCCGAGUGGAUGCUCGGUGUUGAGUUCAUCAACUCUAUCGGAAAGAUCAGCACUCCUAUCCGUAACGAAUGCCACCGCAUUUGUGAUGUGAUCGGUCUCGAAUCUCUCGUCGAUGAGAUUGCCAACAAAAUUGUCACCGAAGAUGGCAUCUCCCCCACCUCCAACGUUAUUCUCGGUCCCUUCUGGUCGCCCAAUGCCCCUUUCCGUGCUCUCGGCGACAGCAUCAUCCAAGACCCUAACCCGAAUGGCCGUGUCACCUUCAUGCACGGUACCAUCAGGGACAUGGAGACCGGCAAGCCGAUCGCCGGUGCCGUCCUCGAUAUCUGGCAAGCCUCGGCCAACGGCCAAUACGAUUUCCAGGACCCCACCCAGUCCGACAACAACCUCCGCGGCAAGUUUACUUCCGAUGAAAACGGACAGUUCAACUGGUACUGCUACCACCCCACCCCCUACUCCCUGCCCACCGACGGCCCCGCCGGUGUUCUCCUCAACAUUAUGGACCGCUCCCCCAUGCGUCCCGCCCACAUCCACCUUAUGAUCACCCACCCCGAAUACGCCACUGUCAUCAACCAGAUCUACCCCAGCGACGAUCCCCACCUUGACAUCGACUCCGUCUUCGCCGUCAAGGAUGAUCUCGUCGUCGACUUCAAGCCCAAGACCGACGACCCCAAGGCCUCCCUCGACUUGGAGUACAACGUCAAGAUGGCCCUCAAGAAGCACCACCCCAACCCCAACACCGCCCCUCCCGUGUCCUCCUUCGAGCGUCACGCUAAGGCGGCCGCUGGAAAGCUGUGA